UCUUAGGCACACACACACACACACACACACUUACAAACACACACACACACACACACACACACACACACACACACACCGUCUCUCUCUCUAAUCCCUCCCUCAUCCUUCUUCUAGCGGACUUUCCCAGUUCUCGCUUCUCCCUCCCAGUAAAAUCAUUCGCCUAGACUCAGCUGCACAGUUUUCUCAUCAACCAUUUGGUAGCUUACAGUGUAUCUGUGCCCACACACCCGAACAGCAGUCGAUGAAAGAAUGCGUUGGAUGAAGUAGUUGUGGCGCAGCGAACGGACUGGAAGACAGACUUCUCCAAGAAUACUUCUUUACGCACACAAAGGAUGCGCGCGCCAGGAUAUGGCACUGCGAGCAGGGAGAAGAUAAAUAGUCCUCCAACAGAAUCCAGUCAAGGGGGACUAGUUGAAAACCAACAGUGAAACGCAUGGCUGUGGUCUUCUUUUUGGAUUUAUGUGUCUUGACCUGUAGCAAUAUCGGAUCUCCAUUUUCUUAUUUUUUCCUGUUUGCUUUGCUAUCGAAGAUUUCCGGGGAAGCUACAUGAUGAGAUGGACAGUCUUUCUGUUAGGCUACUUGUUGGUCAAAGUUAUGGCACUGCUGUGCUCCGCGGACGGCGCACAAGGACAGGAGAUGGAGGGCUUUAUAAUGAUAACGGGGUCUAACGGCUCUAGAGAUGAGGAGAACGUCGUUACAGAAGCCCCGCAUUCAGAGGAUAAAUGCCGCGGAUACUACGACGUGAUGGGUCAGUGGGACCCGCCGUUCGUUUGCGAAACGAACGACUAUUUGUACUGCUGUGGCACCUGUGGCUUCCGAUUUUGCUGCGGGCUCAAAGAAUCCCGUUUGGAUCAAAGCACCUGCACAAAUUAUGACACUCCAAAGUGGAUGUCAUCUGGUCAAACUCCAUAUAAGAAGGCAAUUCCAAGUCAGGAUCGGACCAAGGACAGUACAAACUUUAUUGUGUAUAUCAUAUGUGGAGUGGUUGCAAUCAUGGCACUUGUCGGGAUAUUUACAAAACUUGGACUUGAAAAGGCACAUCGACCCCAAAGAGAAAAUAUGUCUAGAGCCGUAGCAAGCGUCAUGCAGAGUGCCUGUUCAGCAGAACAUGAAGGGGCCAUUGCAAUGCACGCCCAGCACUAUGACACCAUGCAAGCAAGGGCUAGCAACUUACAAGGCGGGCAGAUCAACAACAGCGUGCCCCAGCAGCACCCGUAUCCUGUGCUAAGCCAGAUAGCACCCAUGUAUGAGCAGCAGCAGCCUGGCAAGGAGCUCAACAAAUACGCCUCCCUUAAAGCUGUCGCGGAUAGAGCCAAUGGUGACUUCUACAACAAACGCCGCCAUAUGUCCGAAACAGCAUCAAAGGGAAGCCUGCCCCUUCAUCCCAUGCGGAUGGAGCUCCAUGAACCUACAGCCAAGUACAUCACCGAGAUCCCCUGCUCCAAGCAGAAUGGACAGAAGCCCAAGAGCAGCAAAGUACAUGGAUCUGGAGCAGGACCGGGAACAGGACAAGGACCUGGAAUGGGAAUGGGAAUGGGAGUAGGUUUGGGUGGAGGAGGACAAGGAAUGGGGUCAGGGAUGGGCCAAGGAAUGGGAGGAACGUUAGGACCAAGAAUGGGGUCAGGAAUGGGAUCUGGAAUGGGAGGAACGUUAGGGCCAGGGAUGGGUUCCGGAAUGGGUUCUGGAAUGGGUUCUGGAAUGGGUUCUGGAAUGGGAGGAACAUUAGGGCCGGGAAUGGGGUCAGGAAUGGGUCAUGGGAUGGGAGGAACAUAUGGACCGGGAAUGGGGUCUGGGAUGGGAGGAACUUUGGGACCAGGAAUGGGGUCUGGAAUGGGGUCUGGAAUGGGUCAGGGGAUGGGUCAGGGGAUGGGUCAGAGGAUGGGGCCAGGGAUGAGUGGAACAUUAGGACCAGGAAUGGGGACCGGGAUGGGAGCAGCAAUGGCAGCAGGUGCAGGGAUCGGAGCAGCAAUGGGAGGGACAUUAGGACCAGGAAUGGGUUCGGGAAUGGGAGGAGGCAUGGGAACGGGAAUGAGGUCAGGAGGGCGGUCUGGCGGGGCGUCAGGUAUGCACACGCUGACCUACAGCUCCAACACCAUAGCCACCCCUGGCAUGCUCAAGGGCUGGGACGGGACAGAGACGGUGGGCCGGCGCAAGAUCUACGGUCCCCGCAAGUCGCAUCCGGUGGACCAGCCGAACGAGCUCCACACUGCCCGCAGCCACCACUACCUACCGACCCAGCCCUACUUCGUCACCAACAGUAAGACGGAAGUAACCGUAUGAGAAGAGGGCACCCAUGUGGUUCUCUGCAGAGAAGUACAGCAGUGUUCCCCAAUGGGCCGUCUGUCUCUGUCCAGGGCAUAUAUGUGCACAGCAGCGCCUUCCAGUGGAUGGGAGGGGGUGGCGGUGGGAGGCGAACAUGUUUUUUUCAUGGUUGUCAGUCAACGGCGUCCAGGUUGUGGAGAAUAAAGAGUUAACUGUCUGUGAGAACCUUGACUAGAAUCCAAUUCCACAGUGUCAGUGAAUUAUCAACACGGAUAAGGAAUUAUUAGAGGAUUCAGUGGGAUUGCCAUUGACUGUAUGGAAAUAAUUUACACAAGCAAUACAUAAAAAUUCAUAGGACCGUGUCAAAGCAAUGGCAAAAAUGGCAAGACUCAAAGGACUGUAACAUCAUGCCCGACUGUAAGGAACAAUCAUGGAACUCCACUUAACCAAUAGCAACCCUCUCUCACCAGUUUUAAGGGGCCAUGUAUUCAUAUUAUGCCCUGUGUGUGUAAUCCUUUAAACAGAGACACAAAUUCUCUGAAAUCUCUGCAUGGACAAACGGUGUUCACUGCCUCUAGACGCACUGAAAUGCUGGUGGGAGCCCAGUGCGGUGGGUGGACGGCAGCCGAGGCCGGUUUCUGGCCCGCGGGAUGUGCCAGUGACCCCUGGUCUGCGUAAAAACAACUCGACAGUGGGCUCCACUCCCUGGACGUUUGGGCUGUCCGUCUUCUCGUAGCUACCGUGUUGCUGUCCAACAGACGAUCACAGACCAAGACUGCAGAAGCUUGGUCAAUCAAUGGUUAUCUAUGGCCAAACUGUGGGCUUGCUUACAAACAUGCCUUGCCAUUCAUUGUUUUCUCUCUCUCUUUCUAUCUCUCUCUCUCUCCGAACCCCCCAUCUCCUACUGCUUGCCCUGACAGACCUCUUUCUGAUUCAUUUUGUUAGACCCACCCAACAGAGAGCUGAUUAAUGUCAGUGCAAGAGGAUAUUUUUCAUUCGGUUUAGCAUUUUCGACCUGGGUUGUGAAAAACCUCAUUUAGGCAAAGAGGAACCCGCUAUUCCGGAGACACUGAGGCGAAGCGAGAGAGUGAAGCCAGAAAAUUAUCUUCUUUCCCAGAAAAACUUGCAGCUCCCAUGCCCAGAUAUUUUUCAAUUUACAUCAAGCAGGUCCAUGAAUUGCACACAACACAGAAAAAUGUCUGGCGAAGAGUUGUGUUAUAGUAGUGUGUUUUGUUUUGAUAUCCUUUUAAUACUGUUUAGCCUGUUAGCCUCAUUCAAAUGAGAGAGAUAAUGUGAUGACGCUGCCUCUCUGACGCUGUCUUUGAGGCUGCUAAGAUGCAAGUGACUGUCUAUAAGUGUACAUUCUAGAAGUUGACCAGUCACAAUUAAGCGUUGAACUUCUGUCUGCAUAAUGUGUGUGGUUGUUUUGAAUAGCAUUCAGUGCUGUCCCACAUGCUAAUUCUCACUGUGAUAGCUAAAAAAAACACUCACACACAGGUCACGGUGUCUGUGAUCUUCACCAAUAGGCUUAAUCCACAGACUGCGUAAUUAAGUUCAAUGAUGGCCAAUCUAGACCCAACAAUGUGCAUAUCUGGGAUGCUUGACCUGUCUGUGCCGCCCUGAGACUAGAGGGAAGUGUGGAAUUACAUGCGUCUGGGAUGAGAAUUCAUGGUGUGCUCCCAGAAACCCCCACCCUUCUGACAGGGCUGUGACUGACCACAAUCCCCAGUCUGUGGUGCAUUCCAAAACGGGCAGCCUUCAAAAAGCACAGGGGAGGUGCCAUUUUAACGCUGUAACUGCCAUUUGCCAUUUUGUCACUUUGUCAAAUUCAGCUCUGAUUGAAUUCUAGCACAGCAUAGCACAACUCUAUACUUGUCAUACCUGUCUACUGUGGCAUGUUUUUUUUUGUUUGUUUGUUUGUUAGAUUGCUGCCACAUGUAGCUGAGAGGCGCCAGUAGAAAAUGAAAUACUUAAAUGGAGUACACCUGGAUGGAAAUUGCCAAAGAGAUUCUGAUUUUACCCUCCCAAACAUAAUUAAGGGUUAGUGUUAAUUUUUUUAGUCAUAAUCACAGAAUUCAUUGAUUAAAAUAAUUAAUCCUGGGUUUAGUUUAAUUGUUUUGUUUAGAACGGCAUUGUGCCAAUCAAAUUAAGCCUUCCAAUUUGGAUCUGAUUUAGAGUUUUUGCUGAGAAGGAAAAAAAAAAUGAAAAUGGAAGCUCCAUUAUUUCACAUUGUGCAGAAGUUCUGGCUGAAAAAAGGCGAGUAAGGAACGAGCGGUUGACUGAUUAAGGCCCAGGCUUUUUCAGAAGCAAAUGGAAGUUGGCUACGCCAGCCCCCCCAUCUGGCUCCCAUUCACCUCAGCCCAGGUGCCAGGCAUGGGUGGUGCUUGAGUGGGCCCCACUUCUGGAGAGGCCUUCGAGCGGCGCCAGAAAUCAAAGUUUCUUCUCAGCUAGAGGCAGGCAAAUGGUGCAAGUGAAAGUGCAAGUGACCUAAUUAGCUGAAUCAGGCUCAUUCUUUUUUCGCUCUCGCUCCCUCUGUCGUGUGCUCUGUUAAAGAGUGGGCUCAUUUCCAACUGGGGUUGUUCAGCUCAACCUCACUCAAGUCUCAAGUCUUACUGACUAAACAUGUGUUGAGAGUAGUGGCUUAUGGUAUCUGCUUUUGGUAUUUUCUUUGUUUUAGCCUGUAUCAAAUCUCUCUGGCCUAAAAACACAAAACCCCAAAUUAUUAUUGUAUUGAAUUGUUACUCUGUAUGGAUAGGCAUGAGACUUUGAGGCACUGUACAUUGAAGAAAAUGUGUCUAACAUAAUAAUAAAAUAAUUAAAACAAAAAAUAAUUAAAAGAAAAAAAUGUUACAAAAGAACAUGUUAAGGGCAACAGUUUAGCACCUUGUGGACUCACCCUGGGCAUGGUGACAUUUUUCUAGUGACAUGGAACACAGUGAUGCAGGGUUGUGGUAUGAGUGCAAAUGUUAGAGACUCUGAUGGGUUGAUUAUUCUUUUAUAUACUGAAAGGCUGCAGAAUACAUUUAAUGUGUCUAAAUCCAUCGUUUCGAUUAUGUUAUUGUAUCGUGAAUUAUCUCGGCAUUUGGUCACUCAGCUGAAACUGAAUACAGAGAGCAAUGAGUGAUCAGAUGAGGUGCUCGUUAGUCAUUCAGCUCCCCCUCGCCAAGACAUGGCACAGAGAAGCAGGACAAAUGGUCCACUGAUGGCAAGAGAUCUCCACCGGGGCGAAAUCAAACUCCCUUGUUCUGAUCCUCAGAGUGGGGCGAAGCCCACAGACAAAAAUCAUAAUUUGACUCACAGCAGAGAAAGCAAAAACACAAUCUGUCCCUUUUAGGGUUCCGUACAGCACAUCCCAAAUCCCACAGCAGUGAAUUUUGUGGGUGUUUAGAUAAAACUAUACCUCAUGGCAUCUCUGGUCCUUCUGAAGUUGAAUGUAGUGAGUCUAUAUCACCAUCUCUUUUCUGUCAGGUAAAUGUCAUGUCAAACCAUCAGCUUUUAAAGUCCUGCUUGCCUGUGACGCAUAUAGGUGAUCACUCCGGUGAUUUUUUUUGUUUCCAUCACAACAUGCAUUAUCAAAAUGCGAUGGAUUGAACGAGGUUAUGUCUGAGGUAACACAACUGUAGUACAAAAACACUAAUGACCACAGAGAACCGUACUGCCAGUACAGCUUAGACUGCAGACAGCCAUUCAGACAGGAUCCACAGUCAACUGAGAUGAUGGCCUCCCGUAAGUCAUCAGCUUGGCAGACUUCAUUGCUGAUAUAUAGUUAAAUGUACAGUUAUACAUCUUAAGGAUAAUUAAGUGCUGUUAUGUCCUUGACUGGACAGCAAUUUGUCCAGGAUUUAAAAAAAAAAACUGUGUUGGUAGCAAUCAAACUAUAGGUUAAAGGACUUUAUUUACGGUGCAUGAUAUUGUGAAGGCUAGGAAUAACGCUCAGCUGGACAAUUAAAUCUGUGUGAAAUAAGGGCUUACCUACAGCAUAUAUUAAUAUUUGCUACUGUUUUUUUUCUCCACAACAAAGUCGUAAUUCUAUUAAGUCAUUUUCUAAUUUGUAUCUCGCAUAUGUCACCAACAUGGCCUGACCGCAUAUUUGUUGUCCAGAAUGUAAAGAUACAACACUGAAGUAAAUAUGACGUUGACCAAAAUAUAUUUUUGAAUAUGUUAUCGCUUAUUCUAUGUCAUGGACUGUAAGUAGGCUAUAAGUUAGUCAAUUCAUAAAAAAAAAAACAAGGAAGUCCUGCCACCCACACAACUAUGACAGAUGAUCUGACAAGAACAUUAUGCUGUAGACAAGUUUGGAGAUUUUUUAAUAUUGUGCAUUAGCAGCAUAAUAUGUCAAAAUGACACUCCUUCAUUUUUCUGCCAAGCACGCUCUUUUCACUUGGCGUUUUCAAAUAUGUAUCUUUAUUGAUUUAUUAAUUUCUCUCAAAGGCCAAGGCAGAUAACGUUACAAACGUAUAAUCAAUGCAGUUCCACCAUACCCCUACACAUCAGCGUAUACUCUCUGAAUGUUAGCCAUACAGUACAGGAGAACCAUACAUAUUUGACUACUAUAACACAAGUUGAUGUUGGACUUUUCAUGCAGUUUGUGGUAUUUAUAUAUACAUAAUAUGUGGUAUUUAUAUACAUAUAUAUGACUUAACACUGCAUCUGAGCAAGUGAUAAGAAUAUUAAUUGUAAUCUCUAUUUCCUAUGUUUGCACAUGAAUUGACACACACACAGUGUAAAGUCACUGUUGCUAGCCCUGCGGUAGACUCACUUAUGAUUUGUGAGAUUCAGUAAUAGAAUAGCUGUAUAUUUGGGAACUAAUUUAAGUAUGGAUAGCAAAGAGAAAUCAAUGUUUUUGUCCAUUAAUAUGAUACCAUUGUGUUGAUAUAACUGUCUAUCCUUUGACCUUCUUAUUUUUUGUUAUUUUCUUUUGUUUUUCUUUUGUUUUGUUUGUUCCGGUUUUAUUUACCUUUUCUGUUUUUGCUGUUGUUUAUUGAAUAUUUUUAAUCUAUAUCUAUGGUCAUUGUUCUAUAAUCCAUUUUCUUACGUGGCAAUAAAAGCAAUGCACAUCUUCUGUAAAA